UCUGCGCGCUUGUGUGUAUGUACCCGACGGUUCGCGUGUACGGCCGAGCGCGAUCGUUCUAACGUGUGUGCGUACGUGAACGUUGUUCUCUCACCGCCGCUCGUGUCCUACCUGCGUGUGCACGACGGACGUCGACUGCCGUAGCCGCGCGCGCGAUCAGUUUUGUAACGUGGCAUCCCCGAACAGGUAUAUCUGUGCAGUCCGUCUAUAUUUUUUAUUUUUAUUUUUCCCCAUCUGAAGUAUAAAUAGUAAAAAUAAAAAUUACCGUGUGUUUCACCCCUGCACCCGUUUUUCGUACGUUUUGCGUACGUGCGUACGUGCGCGCGCGCGCGCGUGUGUGUGUGUGUGUGUGCGUGCUCGAGCGUCGUAUUUGUCUGUGCGUGUGAUAUUAUUAUACAGUGCGCGUGUGCGAGAGGGUUCGCCGCGUCGUACCAGUGCGAAAUUUUCAAAAAAUACCCGUCGUUUUGUUCGUCCGUCCGCCGAUUCUUUGUUGUUGCGCUAUCAAGGAGAUGUCAAUAUAAGUUCGGAUUUUUAUAUUAUUUCGGUCCGUUUCAACUGCGGGUUCAGUGAAAUUUCGAAUUUUUCGGUUUUUUUCUUCCAUUUUUUAUCUCUUUGUCUUGGUUGUGUUGUUGUGAUUGCCUUCGGGUGCUAGUGAUCCGAGUGCUUUUUUUCUUACGGUCGCAAUAAUAUUAAUAAUAAAUUACUAUUUCAAUAAAAUUAAUAAUAAGAGUAAUAAUAUUAAAUAAAUAAUAAGUAUCACGCGCGCGGCACCGGUGUCAAUAACCGGCAAGUGGGACAGCGCACACGUCGGCAAAGAAGUUUCUCCUUUAUACGGAGAGAGACAUUCUACGCGCUGCGUGUACCGGUCUGCAAAACGGUCAGUGUACACGAAUUUUAUGUUUCAUUUUUCUGAACUGGCGGAAUGGUACUAUGUUGGUCGGGUCCUAUUGCGGACCAACCGAUAUUGGGAUCAGCUGGGAUGUCCAUAUCACGCGGACGACCUCGGUCGACUACGUCAUGAGUUAUGAAGAGACGACAUUCACAGGCCUAAUGGAAUGAAGGAAUCUACAGGUUUUUUCGGCGACCCGUUACCAACGACGAGCGAAACAGGCACGGAACUGACGGUUCGGGAGCUGGAGGAGAUGGCGUGCCGACAGCAGCACCAGAUUGAGUCGCAGCGGCAGCUGUUGGCGGCCAAGGAGCAACGGCUCCGGUACUUGAAGCAGCACGACGCCAAGCACCAUCAGGUGGCGGCGGAGCACGAGCGGCUCCGCCGGCUUCGGGACCGGGUCGAGGCGCAGGAACAAAAGCUUCGCAAGCUCCGGGCGCUCAGAGGUCAAGUGGAUCAGACCAAACUCAACAACGUCACACUCACUUCUGACCUGGAAUCAAUUCGUGCGUUGUUCAAUGAAAAAGAAAAAGAACUGACCAUGGCCGUAGCCAAAGUGGAUGAACUAACUAGGCAACUCGAAGACGUUCAAAAAGGACGAGGACAUACUCAACCCACGUCUCCGGCCUCCAUGGAACUCGACAAACUACGAUCCGAAUUAUUAUAUCGAAACAAAUUAGGUGAACAACAAACGGUUAGACUAGUGCAACAGCGUGAAGUUAUAUCCAAAAGACAAGAAGAAAUGGCAUCAAUUGAUAGGCGAAUAUCGGAACUUCAAGCCAGGUUACAUAGAAAGAGACUGCUCAACCAACAGUUGGCUAACCAAAUUCAGGCUAACAAACCAGGACAAAAUAACAGAUCUCUCGGUGGACCAGGAAAACAAAUGAUGCCUUUGUGUGAUGGCAAAAUGAGUGGUGGUAAUGUUGCGGCCGUGGAACCAUUCAACCAUAUACCAGAUGCCAUGAACAAAAACUCUCAGUUACGUAAAUCUGAGGAUAAUAUCUUGAGCCACGCAACAGGUGACCCGCAGUCUUAUGGUGGUCGGACUGGUAGGUCUGAGCAAAAAUCAAUUUCUCAACAACCGUUGAUCCAAAAAUCUAUAGUAGAUCCAUACCAACAAUACCAACAAUCUAAUAACAACUAUAAAGUUGAACAGACUAACGGAAAUCCAGGUGAUCUCCCGUACUUUGGAGGCAGCAAAUUCGAUCCAAAAUACCAGACUCUACCACAUAAUACUAAAUUCUCACCAUUAGUAAACUACAACGGUAAUCAACUCCCGCCAUCACAGCAACAGCAGCAGAAACAACAGCAACAGCAGCAACAGCAACAGUGGUUAUGUCAGCACGACGAUAUUGCCGAGGAUAAUAACAAAGACCUAGUUAAUAACAACACCGGUUAUUGUGGCGAUCAAAAACUUAAUGAGAUAGCGCAAAGUAAAAAAUCUGUUUUGGCCGGUCAAGUAUUAACAAACCUAGGACAAAACCUACAGAUGCAAAGUUCCAGCAGACCAAUCAACGCUCAAGUGUAUCAUACAAAACCGCUUUCAUCAUCCAACCAUGUGUCUCAAAGACCACUUAACUAUUCGAUACAUCCUACGGUGCUGUCCACUAGAAGUCAACCAGUCGGUGGGACCGGUAUGAGUAAUCAUCAGAAACCGACGAGCAGCGUGUCGCCCAUCUACCAGACAUCGUCGACCAAGGUGCAACCGGUGCAGCCACAAGUGUUGAACUCGGUGACGGCCAACCAAGUGGCGAUGUCAGCGAUGACCAAAGAAUCAAAACAACCGAUGAGGACGGAACAACCGCUGGGCGUCGACCAAGCCGGUAGCCCUACGACGACAGUCGUCGGCAAACCGGCGCUGCCGCCAAAACCACCGCCGCCGCCGCUGGGCAAAACGUCCACGCCGCCACCCCCGCCCAGACACAGCGCGUAUCAUCUACCUCAAUACCAUCAACCGGACACGUUGUCGGAUGACGGCAGCCGCUUGUACUACACCGACUGCAGACCAGCGCAGCAGAAGGAUCUGACGCCACCGCCGUCGCGGAUACCUAACGGCAACGGACCGGUCAAGUCCAACUUCGGUGAUUCAUCCGAGUCCGACAACUCGUCCAGUUCCGCGUCCAUGCGAUCCGUGUUUGGCAACGCCGCCAAAAACGAUGGACAUCAGCUGUUGGAGAGUGUACGGUCAAUGAACUUAUCAACCAAAGGAACGCCUCCACCCCCACCUCCACUGCCUCAACCGUCCGCUGUCUCCACCGAUCCCAUCAAAGAACAUCAUAAUCAUCAUCAUCACCAUCAGCAGCAGCAGCAACAGCAAAUGCAGCUACCCAACGAAGUAAAACCACCGCCGUCGAGACUGCCAUCGCUUCUCCUCAACCGGACCACUUCGUAUCCGGUUACAGAAAUCACCUCAGAUACGAUCAGUGGCAAAAGCAAUCUGAUCACCCAUCACCCUCACCAGCAGCAGAACCGUACGUCCGUUGCGUUACCACCGCCGCAGCAGCAAACGCUGUCAAGCGUACCUGUCGCGUCGGCCGCCGCCAAACAGGAGCAGACUGCGACGGACGAGACGGACAGGGUGCAUGCCGUGAGCGUUGCGCAGCGCAUCGACGAACUAGAGAAUCGAUUCGGCAACGGAGUUGGCAGUGGCACCGUGAGCGGUGUCGGAUGCGGAGUGAACGGCGGAUCUUCGUCCACUGACGAAAACAGCACCAGCAACCACAGUUCGUCAUCCCCGGACUCCGGCCAAGACUCCGGCAGAGACGAUAUAUCCGUGGAAUGCAGGAACAGGCUAGUAGUGCGCAAAAAGGGCAAUCUCAAGGAGUCGGGUGGAAAUAUCGGUCACAAACGUCGGGUAUCAUUUGACCCACUUGCAUUGCUGUUGGACGCCUCGCUGGAAGGAGAACUUGAGCUGGUUAUGCGGACCGCCGAACAAGUUGGAGACCCGAGUGCGGCCAACGACGAAGGGAUAACUGCACUACACAAUGCCAUAUGCGCCGGCCAUAUAGACAUUGUUAAGUUUUUAGUUAAGUUUGGCUGUGAUGUAAACGCUCAGGACUCUGAUGGAUGGACACCGUUGCACUGUGCCGCUAGCUGCAACAACUUGGCCAUGGUCCGAUUUCUGGUAGAGCAUGGGGCAUGCAUAUUUGCCACAACGUUGUCUGACCAGGAGACAGCGGCGGAGAAGUGUGAGGAGGACGAAGAAGGUUUCGACGGGUGUUCCGAAUUUCUUUACAGCAUCCAAGAGAAAUUGGGCAUAAUGAACAAUGGCGUGGUAUAUGCGGUUUUCGGAUAUGAAGCUCACAACCAGGACGAGUUGACUUUCGACAAUGGUGACCGGAUUGUCGUGUUACGGAAAGGUGACGACACCGAACGGGAAUGGUGGUGGUCGAGGAUCGACGACCGCGAAGGAUACGUGCCGCGUAAUCUUCUCGGGCUUUACCCAAGAGUGAAUGGCAACAAAAAAUCGUUGGUGGAAUGACAAUCCGCUUUAGCGUCAACGAUAUCACUGGGACCCAUCAAGAAGUUGAUCGAUUCUUGGAUCCUGCCAACAUCAUAUCAUACAACGAUAUCAUUCUUAUUAUGUUAGACUUUCUCAUAUCUAUUUUAGAUUAUUAUUAUAAAUAUAUAUUUUUUUCAUUUCA